AAGAUUGACAUAUGAGAAGCUAGAAAGGUUGCAGAACACUCUUGAAAUGAUAUUCCAAUCUUUACAAUGCUUCAAUGGCAGGGGUUCUCUAAACCCCUUUCAUUUAAACCUCACCAUCCCCCUUUGGCCUCCAGUUAGCCAAAACUGCAAACCUUGCUGACGACCCAAAUACAGACAGGGAUGGCUGUUCCUCGAGUAAACAAGAAAUUGCUUCAAGAGCUUGAAUCAAUGGGAUUUCCCACAGCUCGGGCAACUCGGGCUCUUCAUUAUUCAGGUACUGCUAGCUUAGAGGCUUGUAUAGACUGGAUCGUUGAUCACGAGAAUGACCCGGACAUUGAUCAGAUGCCCUUGGUAACAGUAGACAUUGAUAUUGAAUCUCCAGAGCCAUUCCAUAUCACCGAGGCAAUGAAAAUAAAAGCACAAGAGUUAAGGGAUCAAACACGCAAGAAGAGUAAAGAAGAAGAAAAGAAACUGGAAUUACAAAUGGAACGAGAAAGAGAGAAGGAGAGGAUUCGAUCUGGUAAGGAACUCAUGGAAGCAAAGCAAAUCUUAGAAGACAAUGAAAGAAAACGUAAUAUAGUGUUUCGGAAUUCUGAGAAAGAGGAAGAGAAACGAGCAAGAGAGAGAAUUCGCUGGAAACUAGAACAAGAUAAGUUAGAAAGAAGAGUUAAGCUUGGAUUGCCACCAGGACACACAGCAUCUGCGAAACUUUCUAUACCUGUGAGGGGGGAAAUCCAGAAAUCAUUGCCUGUCCAAUCUGUUGCAAAGUCAGAACAUAUAAGAGAGCGUUUAAGGUCUCUGAGGCGCAACCACAAGGAUGAUGAUGCUAGAGUACGACGAGCCUUCCAAACUCUGCUGAUUUAUGUUGGAAAUGUUGCAAAGAAUCCCGAUCAAGAAAAAUUCCGGAAGAUUAGACUCGGUAAUCCGUCAUUCUUGGAUAGAGUUGGAAGUUUGAUUGGAGGAAUAGAGUUUCUUGAGCUCUGUGGGUUUGAGAGAACUGAAGCAGGAGAGUUCUUGUAUCUUCCUCGUGAUAAGGUUGACAUGGCCACAUUAUACUCCGCUGCUUCUGAACUGAAGUCUGCAUUGACAAACCCUUUCUUUGGCCUUCUGUCUAGAGAUGUGUAAUAUCAGGUUCAGUUUAUUUAAAUCUUAAACUUAGAAGGGAAACUGGUUUUAUUAUGCAGUAUCAAUGAACUAUGCUCUACAGAUUUCAUGUUAAAAUCUUCCAGUGAGUGUCUUGCCUUCCUGUAAGAAUUUUACUCUGGAAAAGUAAGAGCUUGGAGAUGAAUCCCUGUAUACUUCUGUAUACUUCUUUAAAGGCCGCCCUGCAUCCCUUUAUUAGCAUGACUGCAUGAGAGAUACAAAUCCAUCUUAAAGUAUGCGUAGGAGUUGCCAUUACUGCAUAGUGAGCCUAUUAAAGACUUGAAUAAAAAGGCUAUUAAAGAAUUUUUUGGAGAGUUAUUAAUAAAUACUUUUCCUUAAGAUUUACAGAGUAAAUGUUCUGAUUGUAUCUAAAUCUCAUCCAACAAACAGCUUGAGUACUAGUUGGAGAUCGCAAAAUUUAUCUGUGGAUUUUGGAGGUUGCAAACUUCUCUGUUUUGUUACAACUUAUAAGUACAUGUUUUCUUUGGAGUUUCUGUAAGUGGCGCAACAGUCUUGGAAUUUGGAGUAUCAUCGGAGGGAUACUUUAUUGCUAGCUAGGAAAUUAUUGAAAACUGCAUAAAUCUUAUGCUAACAAAGUCCUAAUUUACUGAUUCAUGUAUAUAUUCAAGUGUAUCUCACUACCUUGCCCUACAUAUAAUAUUCAUCCAUCACCAACUUGCAGAACAGCUCCACUUGAUCAUCAGGCAGUUCCAGGCAGAUACUAAAGCCUGGUUUGCCUGGUGGUUCUGGCACCAUAACAAACCCUGGUUCGAGUAGAACCGAUGUUGAGCACUGAACUUUUCCCCUUGAGAAUUCAUCUUCCUUGAGUCCCAGUUUCCACCAUGACACGAUAGUUUCUCUAUGUUCUCCACG